AUGCAAUUUGAGAUUCCGGUCUACAUCGGAGAUUCCCGCGUGCAGAUCAGCCCGGACCAUCGUCUGCAUUUUCAGCUUCUUUCCCGCUCACAGCACCUUAGCUUUGACUUGGUUUGGCCUUGGGGUGAGAAGCCAGUGGCAGAGCUGUUCCUUCCUGUGGGCGAUCUGACGGAGGGGAAGGUGGCCUGGGCGCAGCUGAUUUUAGGUGGCUAA